CAUCGGGGCGUUCGGAAAAGAAAACUGGUGGGUAUUCAAAAAAGGACUCUUGAAGGAGGGGAUUGCUUUGACCGCGCGUCGUUUGCCAUCUGCGUUUCCUUUGCCAUCGGGAUAUUCUUCUUGCCUUCCUCAACCCCUCGGAGCGGAUUUCUGAUUUCUUUUGUCAAUAUGGUUCAGCAAGUGAUCUCAAAGUCCGCCGCUCCAAUGCAUUCCAAGACGAAUUCGGAUGAGGACCUCGACCUCCCGACCGAUGAUACCCGUGUAUUGGGAUAUGACCCUCUGUUGCCUCCACAGAUUCUCCAAGCAGAGCACCCAAUGACGCCGCAGUCGAAACAAACGGUACAAAAGGCCCGUCGGGAAGCUGCCAAGAUUUUACGAGGCGACGAUGACCGAAUACUAGUUGUUGUCGGGCCCUGCUCUAUUCACGACGUCGAUGCUGCUUUGGAAUAUGCUGGUAGAUUGAAGGCACUUGCCGACGAAUUGAAGGAUAACCUCCUCAUUGUAAUGCGGGCCUACUUUGAGAAACCAAGGACGACUGUUGGCUGGAAAGGUCUCAUCAAUGAUCCUUCCAUUGAUGGAAGCUUCCGCAUCAACCAAGGAUUACGUGUCGCAAGGAAGCUAUUGUGCGAUCUGACUGCUAUUGGUCUUCCGGUUGGAUCUGAGCUCUUGGACACAAUCUCUCCUCAAUUCAUUGGCGACCUGAUUUCCUGGGGAGCCAUCGGCGCCAGAACAACAGAGAGUCAGCUGCAUAGAGAGCUUGCUAGCGGAGUCAGUUUCCCAGUCGGGUUCAAGAAUGGUACCGACGGAAACAUUGGAAUUGCCAUGGACGCCAUUCUUUCGGCGUCGCACCCGCACCAUUUCCUUGGCGUAACGAAGCAAGGCCUUGCGGCUAUCACAAAAACCAAGGGCAACGAUCUAUGCCACGUCAUUCUCCGUGGAGGAAAUCAGGGUCCAAAUUACGAGAAGCCCUGCAUUGACCAAACGCGCACGACUCUCGAGAAAGCCAACUUGCCUGCGAGAAUCAUGGUUGACUGCUCUCAUGGCAACAGCCGAAAGAAUCAUAAGAACCAAAAAUUGGUUAGUGCUAGUUUGUCUGAGCAGAUCGCCGCUGGUGAUCACUCGAUCUUUGGUGUCAUGAUCGAGAGCAACAUAAAUGAGGGGAACCAAAAAGUGCCUCCAGAAGGUCCUAAAGGACUCAAGUACGGCGUUUCGAUCACUGAUGCCUGCGUCAGCUGGGAGGAUACCGUUGAGAUAUUAAAGCAACUUGCUAAUGCACAGCAGGCCCGACGGGAGCUUUCAAGACAAUAGAUACCAUAAUUGUGUCGCAGAAUAAAAUAUCACC